AAUACUAACCAAUUAUUGUUUGGAAAAAAUAUCAUUAAAUUUACAACAAUAAGUUUAUCAAUGACAGAUCUUCUGACAGUAUUUAUUAUUUUGAUUGUGGGCGUAGCUUUAUGUUUAGCUGCGUAUUAUGGAGAAAUGUGAACUAAACGAGUAUUUAUGUUACGGUGAGACAAGCACAACUUUCUUCUCAACUCUCUCUCAACAGCGAACUUCAAAACUCUUGUCGUUCGUCCAGGUUUACUGUGCAAUCAGCACAACAUUUCUAACAGAAGCUUUGUAAGAAAACAAAAGUAGGUGGUUUUAGUUUGCAAAAUGCCACCAAAAUCUACAAAACUGUUGUUGCCAAAGUCUUUUGCAUGGGUCCGAAAUUCUCGUUUAACUGAUGAUGAGUUCCAGUCGAGGUGGGCACAGUUUUGUUGCUCCGCCGAGCAUUCAGUAGCACAAACUGAAUUUAGAAAGCACAAAAACAAUAUUCUAUUUCAAAAACGUUGGGAGCAGUGGUUAGAGAUGAAACUGGAGAGUGAUGAGAGGUAAUGGCAAUAUUUGGUUGUGCAUUACAUGUUUUGAUAUAACUAAUACCUUAAAAUUAUUCAAUUUUUUAGUCGGCGACAAGCUAAACGUCGGAAACAUGAGGAUGCAGAUUUUCAACAUGUUAAAGAACUUCAAAAACAAGAGUUGGAACAGCAACAGACUGGACAAUGAGCGUAAGGGCCAGGUCGCAGCUGAACGUGAAGUUAAAUUUCGUCAAGAACGAGAACGUGAAUUAAAGCUGCAACAGCAAGCCCAAUUUUCAUGGAAUACUGCCACCGUCCAACCUAAUGCAUCUCAAAAUAUGGAAGGUAGUGACGAAUCCAAAAGUCUGUUAGAGAUCCAACAAAAAGAAGCAAUAAAGCAAGAAAAGGAACAAGCGAGUCAGAAGAAAAAGGCACAACAAGAACAGCUCCGUCAACAACAAGCUCAACAGCAGAAAGCCAUCAAUUUAAAAUGGGUCGACAAUGCUGGUGCCGUUCCGACGAAACAGGCUCCCAUCAAAUCUUUAACUGAAAUCCAGGCAGAAGAACAAGCCAAGGUGCAAAAGCAACAAGACCAAGAACGUGAGAAGCGGGCCAUAAUUAAUCAACAACAGCAAAAACAAGCUGUAUGGAGUGCUCAGCUACCCUGGGCUGAUCGAGCCCUAGCCGGUACUGGGGGUGGAAGUAGUAAUAGCAGUGGGGGUGGUGCCAAGAAAGUAACUGGUGGAGUAUGGGAUGACUCCUCCAUGGGCUCGAUGGCGUGGAAACUGAAAGGAAGCAAUAAUCCUCUCCCCUCUUCUGCCCCUUCUUCUUCAAGCAAUAGCAACAAUCGUGGACCAGCAGUCGGAAAAAAGACCAAAGAAAUUUCGGAUGACUCGUUUAUGAAGCUAUUUUCUGUUCAACAAGACGGCGCCGCUACUAAUCAGAAAGCUGGAAUCAACCGACCAAAGAUGACACAACAGGCCGCUGAUGAGUUUACUCGCUGGUGCUCAGAUAGAAUUCAGGCCAUUGCUUCCGGUUCCGUGGACAUCCCCACAUUCGUGUCCUUCCUCAAAGAGGUUCAAUCUCCCUACGAAGUGGGAGACUAUGUUCGAUCUUAUCUUGGCGAUGGGAAGGAAGCCAAGGAGUUUUCGAGAGAGUUCUUGGAUCGGAGAUCCCGUUGGAAGAAUGCACACAAGGGGAACGGAUCAACUUCACCAAUGGAGGAUAAUUUGUGCCGACCAGCCUCUGUCACCAACCCGAAGUCCAGUAACACAAUCAUUUCAGAUCGCGUAGCGUUGCAAAUCCUGCCCAAUAACCAACCUAUCACCUCAUCGGAUUCGUCGUCAGUUACCGAACACGCAGUUUGCAGGGACGAGAACAAAGCUCGUGAUGGACAACAAUUUAUGAAUUGGUUGGGUUUAAAUAUGCAAGACGAUAGUAUUCUGCAAAAUUAUAUGCAAACACACGCUCCAGGUUUUCGGACUGAAAUCCUCUUCGCUCAGGACAUAGGGUAUUACAUACGUCACUCUAUCACACACCGAGAACGUCUAUCAGGGCGGCUAAAAAGUAUGAUCAAGUACAAUAAGUCUGACAACAAAAAGGCUUCAGAGCGUGCCCAUAACUCUAAACCAGAAAGAAAAUUGCAGAUGUCAAUAAACCGUCGCUCAUUUUAUGAAACUGCACGAGCUAAAGGAGGAAUGCCCAUUCUCUAUUUAGCAGGCGUGUUCCAGACUACAGCUGACAUUUCCUCGUACCAGAAAAGACUCUUAACAGGUCAGACCUGUUAAGGACAAUGCUGACACUGCGAAUUUAUCCAGGAAAGUGGCUCUCGCUUGGUAUGUUUGCCAUGCGAAACAGCCACUUCUCGAACGAUAGUCAAAUUUUUUGGUACCUACAUCAGUCGUUCAGAUAUUGUCUUGAAAUGUUGCCGAUACUCUGCGACGAUAUGAGUACUGCAGAAAUGGGGGAAGGAUUCCUUAUGCAUUACUGUACGUUCAGCAAUACCAACAAAGGCACGCAGCAUUUAGUCGGACCAGCUACAACUCCUCCCCGACAGCUCCGACGAAAAGCUGAACAAUAUGUUCUGGAUAAAAUCCCCAUGUUCGUAUUGGUGCCAGAUGA